AUGGAGCCUUCCCGAUUCAACAGUCCAAUCAACCUUACCAGCGCUACACAGGCCAGCCUGGAGGGCAAGACUGCAAUCGUCACAGGAGGUGCCAGUGGCAUAGGCAGGGCAGCGUUUGUUGUUGUCGGUGACGUGAAUGAGCACUUGGGCGCGGAGCUUUCCAAGGAGUUUCCCGGGGUCUUUUUUCAGAAAUGCAACGUGACGGACUGGAAUGAUCAGCUGGCGUUGUUCAAAGCCGCUUCUCGAGUGUCUCCGUCUGCCAGGAUUGAUAUCGUGGUGGCGAAUGCUGGUAUCGCAAAGUCCGACGCUGUCUAUGCAUACGAAGGUAAGUACGAUACACCCCUUAAUGAACCAACAUUGCUGCAGAUGCAGACCGUUUCUAAACAUUGUCCCCGGCCCAAAGACCAAGCCGAGCCGACGCAGCCCAGCCUCGACGUUCUGGACGUGAAUCUCGCGGGGACAAUGUACACCACCAAGCUCGCAAUGCAUUAUUUCCGGCGCCAGUAUGACGCCGAGUCAGAGUCACCCAGUUCACGGCAACAAACGUGCCUGGUUUUCCAGAGCUCCAUCAUGGGGUACUUUGACCAGGGCGGAGCCCCGCUGUACUCUGCGUCCAAGUUUGCAGUCCGUGGCCUGCUGCGGAGCUAUAGGCGGACCGCGUGGUUGCAUGGCACGCGCGUCAACUGUGUCAGUCCCUGGUACGUCCGAACGCCCAUAUUAAGCCAGCGCAGCAUCGACGCGAUGGACGGAUCUGGCUAUGGGUUCGCUGAGAUUGAAGAUGUUGCUUCCGCAAUGAUGCAUCUGGUUACGAAUCCCGAGAUCAAUGGCCGCAACUUUCUUGUUGUGCCACGGCACCUGGCCCCUGGGGGGAUCAUCACAGACGGUGGUCUGGACGAGUUCGAAGAGGGGACUCUUUGGGCGAAUCUGCAAAAGGGGGCUUUAAUCGCGACACAAUUGCUGGUCGCCCAGCAUCUGAAGACGGCCCAGCCAGUGGUAGAAUAA